GGUGUUAUGAAAUACGCUGCCAUAUACUUACUGUGCUUUGUUACCUUAACAUCUUCGGUCAGUGAGUAUCCGAAGCUUAUGAUAAUAUCAUUCGACGGUUUUCGAUACGACCAGUUGGAUGCAAAGUUAGUGCCAAACAUAACAAAAUGGGCCUCUUUGGGCGCUCAAUUUACCAAUGGAGUUGCUUCGCAGUAUCCAUCUUUUACUGCUGUAAACCAUAUGGCCAUUGCUACAGGCCUCUUUACUGAAAGUCAUGGCAUCGUCUCAAAUGUUUUCUUUGAUAAAACUUCGGCGAAGGUAUUUGAUUACUGGAAUGACACCAAAACACCAGGUGUUCUCGAAGCAUCAAUAGAUACGUCGUGGUUCAAAGGAGAGCCAAUAUGGGUGACAAACGAAAGAAGUGGUGAUGGAAGACGGUCCGCGUGCCUAAAUUGGCCAUUUUGCGAAACGGCAUUCCCUACAAAACCGGCACGAGCUUCCAUAUACAGAGCUUGGACGCAUUUUCGCCCAUUGGAGGAGUGGAGGACUGAUGUUGAUGAAAUAAUUGAGCUGUUCACCAACACUCAUUCGCCUGUCAACUUCGUAGCUUGGUAUAUUGGCGAACCUGACCAUGUUUUACAUACACACGGCUUCUACGAUGGCGAGUAUGAAGCAGUGAUGCGAAAGCUAGACAGCCUUUUUGGGUACCUUAUAGAAAAGAUGAAAGAGAGUGGUCUCGACGACAAAGUGAAUAUCAUUUUCACGGCAGAUCAUGGACACACUCAGGUUGACGGAGUGGACAGCGUAUUGUGUGUGGAAGACUAUGUGGACUUCACUCGGAUACAUAUUGGUCUACAUAUGAUCUACACUUUCAAUACGAAAUACUCUGACCAGGUCUACCGAAAGCUGAGCAGAGCUAUACAAGAGAAUGGUUACAAAAUCAAAAUCUUUACCAGAGAGACGUUUCAUGAUCGAUACCAUUUUACGAAAAUGAGCUCAAGAAUUGGAGACAUUAUACUCGAGCCGGAAUAUGGCAACGAAAUACGGUUUGACUGUAGCGCUGUGAAAGAAGCACAGAGGCAUAAUCAGAAACUACACAUAUCAACGCAUGGUCUGAACCCAGAUGAGCCUGAAAUGCGUGCAGUACUCGUUUUGAGAGGGCCCGAUAUUACCAAAGAGCAGAAGAUAACUCAAGUUCCUCAAAAUAUUGAUCUCUAUCGCUUAAUGUGCUCUCUUCUUGAUGUCAUACCUGCUCCAAACAAUGGAACGAUGCAAACAUUCAACAGUUACCUUGAAUUUACCCGAAAACAAGAAUCGUGCUUUUCUGAUUCCGUCAUAAUCAUAGUUCCUCUAGUUGGCAUGACAGCAUUACUAGCCAUUAUGGCAGCAACAGGCUGCUGCAAGAAGCUCUGCACUAGCGAUCGUACAAAAUCACAACAGGGAUCCCACAGCGCUGAGGCAGGAGAAGAUAGUAAAAAAUUCAUCGAAAAAGGAGGUCCCCUGACAAGAGAAGAAGUCAGUCCUUAGACAGAACCCUAUACUGAUUGCAACUUCAUUUGACCGCUAAAGGUUCGAGAAUGUUUUUAGUGCACAUUAUAUGUAUUUUAUUCGACCCAUUCUGACCCGCAGCUUUAUGCUCCUAUUCAUAAGCUUUUUGUUGACACUUCAAUGAAUUCAACAUACAUCCACAGUCAUCA